AUGUCAAAAGUAAGCGAUUUUGAUGGAAGUUUGUGUGAAGUUAAUAUAUUGAGACAAAAAACAGAUGAUUGUAAGACACUGAAUGAAAUUAUAGAUAUAAGUAAUAAACUAAAAACUGUUAUACCAACAGCUAAUUAUUUAUGUAGACUUGCAUUCACAUCAGCAGUUUCUGCUGCAUCUAACGAAAGGGUAUUUAGUGUUUUUAAGUUGAUAAAAAAUUAUUUAAGAACAACCAUGACUGAUAAGCGUUUCAAAAACUUACUUAUACUCAACACUUCUAAGGAUAUACUCGACAGUAUAAACAUGAGUGCAAUGAUAAAAAAUUGGGCAACUUUAAAAGAACGCCGUAUAAUUGUAUAA